UAUCUGUUAUCAGAGCGUUUCCCUCCCGCCAAAUACACAACGCGGGAAUACAUCUCUCUCGUAUAUAUUGCAAUUUUAGUUCAGUGUGAAAUAACACAAGUUCGUAUCUCUCCACCAAUGGGUGACUAUCAGCACUCAAACAUGCACAGCGUUUUUGAAGGAUAAAAAAAAACAUUGCAACAAUAAUUACGUCAAGGUAUUUGUGUUGUUGGUUCGAUAGUCUCAAUUAUCUGAGUUAAUUGUUACAACUCUGCACUGAAGAUUCGAUUGAUAUCUUACAAAUUCAACAUGUUGCACAGUGACAUUUCUAAAUCGAAAACGGAGAAGACACCUCAACGGAAAAAACCACAAACCCCGUUGUCCCGCCCGAUGGAGAUGUUUGCGUCGCCAAAGCGUCCGAAACAAGAUGAGCUGGAAGUCACUGGGGUGUCACGAAGUGGCAGAGUUCGAAAAAAGUCCUCAAAACUGACGGAUUUCGAAUCCCCGGAUGAUCUUGCUGACAGUAAAUUGAAACGUCAGCAGAAAGCUCAGCAGCAGCUCCAUGCCCAGCAGAUGCUUGAGCGAUUUGAGGCCCAACAGAGCCAGAGAGAAAGAGAGCAAUCUCCAGCACAAACCACUACUCCAACUGUCAAUCGUGUUAGAAAGAAUUCAGGAACACAGGUGUCACCUCAAAAUCCAGUGAAAGAAGAAAUUCCUUUCGAUGCUGCAACUGAAGGUCCAUCUUCAGACUCUGAAGAUGCAGACGAUCUCAAUGAUGACGAUAAAUUCUCGAUGGAAUCAGCGAGUGAGGAAGAGGUUGAUCCAUUGAUGAUCGAUGAGAAGGAGACUGGUGGGUUCAAAAGACUGGAACCUCCUGAGCAGGAGACAUCUUCACAAGCUAAUAGUCUCUACAUGCUGGAGAAGAGCAAGAAGAAAUUAAUUAUUAAGAACGGGAAAAUCAUCGGGAGGAUGAAGGCACAAAGGAAAGACAAAGGAAAGACAAGAUUCACAGCUUACAUGCUCUGGGCUAAAGAAGUGAGACAAGAGUUACUAGAGCAAAAUUCAUCGAUGGAUUUCGCAGCAAUUUCAAAACGUCUCGGUGAAUUAUGGGCAACUGUUCCAAAUCUCGAGAAAUACAACUGGCGAAGAAGAGCAAAACGUUUGGCCUCAAAACCGAAUGCCCAGGCAACUCUCAAAGAACUAUCUGCGUGGAAACUGUCUCCACCCAGUAGCACUCGUAAGAAAUUCAUCAACAAAGCAGUGAAUGGAAAGCCACAGAAGUCUUCGAGUCCCAAAAAAAUCCUACAGCUGUCAUCACCCUCACGUUCUGCGAAAAGUCCUGACUUCUCUCCGUCCCCUCGACACAGCAGAGAAUCCCACGAGCUGUCAAGUGGUCCUGGAGCAUACAAAGUUGCUGGUACCCAGCCCCUGGAUGUAGCUGCCCAUUUAAAACUCCUCGGUGAAAGUCUAACAAUAAUUGGCGAACGACUGAAGGAGCACGAUGGCCAAAUUGCUGUCUCUGGUAGUUUGUCUGUACUUUUAGACUCCUUCCUCUGUGCCCUGGGUCCUCUCAUGUGCCUUACCCAACAGGUCCCAGAAGCCAAUGGAACAGAGGCUGACACCCUAUCCGAAAUUCUCGAUAAUAUCGCGUACAUAAUGCCUGGCCUCUAAUCAAUGUCUCGAUCCUCUUCUCUUUCGUUCAAUGUUUAAAUGUAUUUUUGAAAAAAUAUGUUUUCUUUCUAAGAAAGACUAUAAAAAGCAUUUGACCAUGUUGUUGAAAUUUCGAUAAUUAAGUGAAAUAGUGGGCGGUAAAUUAUAUAUUU